AUGCAGAAGAUAUCUCUAAACAUUGGAUCCGGUGCUUUAUUGACAAGUUCAUAAAUAUUUUCAUCACAUCACGCCCGUCGUCCGCGUUUGCAGGACCGAAAACCGAGCCCUGCACAUCCCAUUGGGCAGUGUCGUGGUCGUACCAGCCUCCCCAACCACCUCGCGUCCAGCGCCAGCCUCAGCGUCUCUAAGUCUACGUCGUCCCUUGCUUUGCACGACGUCAAAUCCUCCACGUUCCCACUCGCUUUGUUUGUUCAUCUAACAAUCACUGACCACAUUCCAUCCAUCGAAGCACCGCGAGGAUUGCUUGAACUUCCAUUCGCUAUCACUGCAGAUACGCUAAGAUAGGAACCCCGCAUUAUUGUACCACGCACCGCCAUACUCGAUCGACGAGCGUGUUUGUCUGCAAACGACAUCUCACCAUGGGGCUCUUCAAGGCUCUUGCUCUGCUCGCGCUCGGCACAUCAACUGUCGUCGCGAAGCCCUACCCCGUCCACGACGAGGAGCUCAUGCGCCUGCACAACGCAACGCAGCUCGAGAAGCGCGUUGACUGCCCUGGCGGUGUGAGCUGCGGCUGGGACAACUGGCUCUGCUGCCCCGCUGGCUCUUCCUGCGUCACUGAUGCCAGCGACCAAGCACAGUGCGGCGGUGCCCCGUCAGGCGGAUAUGCCUUCUACACGACCACCUGGGUGGAGACGGUCGGCGCGGUGACCAGGACCAGUGUCGGCUCUACGCUUGUUGGCGGCGGCACGACGGCUGCGGCGUGCGGCAACAGCCAGAGCCCGUGCGGAAGCGUGUGCUGCGACUCCGGCCUGUACUGCAAGGACCCCAGCGUCGGCACCUGCGCCAUGAUUGCGGGCGGCAGCUCCGGCGGCAUCCUGCCCACCGGGUCAGCCUCUGCGCCCGUCCGGCCCACGUCCUCCACCCUGGUCAUCGUCACCUACACCGGCGCCCCCACCGCCACAGUCCCCUUCCAGACCGCCGUCCCCACCGGCGCCAGCGGCUCGCUCACCGAGACGGGCGCCUCCAACGGGCUCUCCGGCGGCGCCAUCGCCGGCAUCGUCAUCGGCGUGCUCCUCGGCAUCCUGAUCCUCUUCCUGAUCUGCCUGUUCUGCUGCGCCCGCGCGCUCUUCGACACCCUGCUCGGCAUCCUGGGCCUGGGCAAGAAGCGCAAGCACACCCACGAGGAGACGACGUACAUCGAGGACCACCACCACGCCGGCGGCGCCGCGGGCGGCCGCUGGUACGGCCAGGGCCCCGGCCGGCCCAGCCGCCCCGCCAGCGAGAAGAAGAGCGGCAUCGGCAAGGGCAUGGGCAUGGCGGCCGCGCUGGGCGGGCUGGCGCUCGCCCUCGGCCUGAAGAAGAAGCACGACCGCCGCGACGAUAAGAGCACCACUAUCAGCGGCUCGUCGGCCUACUACUCGGACUACACCUCCAGCAGCAGCGCUAGUUCCGACGACCGCCACACACGGCACACCCGCCACUCGAGCAGACGGUAAUCCCGCCUGACGCGUCGCGCGGCAGCUUGUACAAAUUCUUUCUCCUCGACCCCACAGUCGAGCUUUUUUUCAUUAGGCGCGGGGUGUUCUUGCAUGCGGCAGCGUCCACGGGCCUGUCUGGCGUUCGGCGUUCAAUGCUUACGAUUUCCACGAAAGACGGUUUACGAGGCGGUUUACGAGGCGGUUUACUACGAGACGGUUUACGAACGAGACGGUUUACGAGAUGAUGGGAUGGGCGGGGCGGUAAUGACCACAGGAUAUCGGAUGAGGGAGGGAAAAACGGAUCAACACGACUGUAUAUGAAGCGCACCGCAUGAAUGCAAUAGCGGUGGAUUUUUCUCAAGCUGUCUAUUUAUGCUUUGUGCUUUGUGCGAUGCGCUGCGC